GUGUUCAGCUCAAACCUUCUCACUCACACCAUCCUAAUUUCACGACCACGCUGCUGGAGAGCGCAGCCACGCGUGACGGUCAAAAGACCAAGUGGGAACUACUCGUCGGUGUUGCCGUCCGUUGGAGCGGAGAUCAAGUUAACGGCUUUCUUUCUUUUCUUUCUUUCCUAUUAUAUUUCAUUCUCUCUAUUCCUCGUUCGUACCGUUUCUUCAGCAUGGUUUUAAAUUGCCUGUCAAGAGAUUUACGCUUCUUCCAAGGCGAUUCAGAGCCGUUCGGUACCUCAAGAAGGUCGCCCUAGUCGACAUUGGAAGCAAAUAACACCGGAAUAACGUGGUUGAUAUUAACGGUCACUCCAGUCGACGUUUAGAAGCCAAUAACACCGGAAUAACGUGGAUGAUAUUAACGGUCGCUCCAGUCGAGGUUAGAAGCCAAUAACACGGGAAUAGCGUGGAUGAUAUUAACGGUCGCCCCAGUCGAGGUUAGAACCCAAUAACACGGGAAUAACGUGGAUGAUAUUAACGGUCGCCCCAGUCGAGGUUAGAAGCCAAUAACACGGGAAUAGCGUGGAUGAUAUUAACGGAGACAGUACAGUCUAUGAAUAUUUCACCGGAGCUCGUACUGUACAGUGCAGUAAAGUGAUAUCCGCCACCUUUAAAACAAAACGCCGGGACUGUAAAGUUGUAGCCGUGGCUGGCGGGUGCACCACCACCAAACGGAAAUCCAGGUGGAAGACGAAGGAGAAGAAGAAGAAGGAGGAGCAGCAAUGGAGGACUCCUCGGAGAGAGGAGCAAGAGAGCCUUAAGGGGAGCGGCGCUUGGCGAGUUGGCCCUCUGCCUGCCUGGCCCGGGUGAAUGCACGGGGGUUUCUAUCAGACAGAAGAGAGAGAGGGGAGAAAUCUGAGGCGCGCAGUGAGAGCUACUGGAUGCCUGCCCCCACCGGGCUGAGCCGAGCAUCUCCUGCCGCAUAGCGCUGCGCUGAGCCCGGGCAACACCGCCAGGAUGACUGUGGUGGCCGGAGAUAACAUGGAUGAGACGUCAACCAUGCCGGGGCACCUGCAGGACACCUACCCACCAGACCACGGGGACCACGAGUGCUGCGAGAGGGUUGUCAUUAACAUCUCAGGGCUGCGCUUCGAGACCCAGUUAAAAACACUCAGUCAAUUCCCUGAGACGUUACUAGGUAACCCCAAAAAGAGAAUGCGCUACUUCGAUCCGCUUAGAAACGAGUACUUUUUUGACCGGAACCGGCCGAGUUUUGACGCUAUUCUAUAUUACUACCAGUCCGGAGGGCGGUUGAGGAGGCCCGUUAACGUUCCUCUGGAUAUGUUCUCGGAGGAGAUCAAGUUUUACGAGCUCGGGGCAGAGGCCAUGGAGAAGUUUCGAGAAGACGAAGGUUUUAUUAGAGAAGAGGAAAAAGCGCUACCAGACAAAGAGUUCCAACGACAGGUCUGGUUGCUGUUUGAAUACCCGGAGAGUUCGGGACCCGCCAGAGGGAUAGCUAUAGUAUCGGUGAUGGUUAUCUUAAUUUCAAUAGUCAUAUUCUGUUUGGAGACGCUGCCAGAACUCAAAGAGGACCCCAGGGGUAGGAUGGAAACUGUAGGCAACGUGACAUUCUAUUACAAACCAAAUAUUCUCACCGAUCCUUUCUUCAUAGUGGAGACCCUGUGUAUCAUCUGGUUCUCCUUCGAGUUGAUUGUGCGGUUCUUCGCCUGCCCGAGCAAGGCAGCUUUCUUUAAAAACAUGAUGAAUACUAUAGACAUAGUAGCUAUCAUACCCUACUUCAUCACGCUGGGCACCGAGCUGGCAGAGGACCAGGAGGGGAAGGAGAAACCAAGUGAGCAGGCCGCGUCUCUGGCCAUCCUCAGGGUCAUCCGACUGGUCAGGGUGUUCAGGAUCUUCAAGCUGUCCAGACACUCCAAGGGGCUUCAGAUAUUAGGACAAACCCUCAAAGCCAGUAUGAGAGAGUUGGGGCUGCUCAUUUUCUUCCUCUUCAUCGGAGUCAUCCUCUUCUCCAGCGCUGUCUAUUUCGCCGAGGCGGAGGAGAAGGAAUCUUUCUUCACAAGCAUCCCUGACGCAUUCUGGUGGGCCGUGGUCUCCAUGACAACGGUGGGCUACGGGGACAUGUACCCGGUGACCAUCGGCGGUAAGAUAGUGGGCUCGCUCUGCGCCAUCGCCGGAGUGCUGACCAUCGCGCUGCCGGUGCCUGUGAUCGUGUCCAACUUUAACUAUUUCUAUCACCGGGAGACGGAGGGAGAGGAGCAGGCGCAGCUUCUUAACGUCAGCAACCAGGACCUUAACUCAGACAGCAACUCAUCGCGCCGCAGCUCCAACUCUAUCGCCAGCAAGUCAGAAUACAUGGAAAUAGACGAAGGGAUCAACAAUAGUAUUGAUAACUUUAGGGACGCGAAUCUCAGAACUGCUAACUGUACGCCUGUCCUCAACCAGAACUGUGUGAAUAAGGGCAAGCUGCUGACUGAUGUUUAGAAAUACACACAUUCAUUCUAUAUGGCAGCGAUGGGGAUAUGAGGACACCCCGUUCUUUGUAAAUAUUGUAGAAAUGUUUCGGGAAAUGCUUGAUUUAACUUCGUUAAUAAUGCGUGUUUUUUUGCAUUGCGUUAAUUACAUUUGAAUGAAUAGAGAGAAAACUGUUUCACCAAAAGAGGAUAAGAAAAAUGAGGUUUGUUUGACUCUCAAAAUGGGAAAGAUAAAAGUAUUAUAAUAACAUAUUAUCUUUAUGUUCCUAACGUUACCGGAAAACAUCCUGCCAUUGAAAUAUGAAACGGGGAAAACACAACAUGCUCUUUGAAGAAGAAACGGUUUUGCAUGGAUAAUGGAUUAUGGAUACUGGAUAUGGAUCAUGGAUAAUGUAUCAUGUAUCAUGGAUAAUGUAUCAUGGAUCAUGGAUAAUUGAUAAUGGAUUAUGGAUAAUGGAUGAUGGAUAAUGUAUUAUGGAUAAUGGAUUAUGGAUAAUGGGUAAUUGUUAAUGGAUUAUGGAUGAUGGGUAAUGGAUUACAGUGGAACUUGGGUGAGGGUGAGUUGCGUAAUGCACCGGUAUCUGCUGAAGAAAGAGAAAAGGAAUCUGGAAUCUCAGCCCGAACCCAACAACCAUCUGCAGUCAGAGAGAGAGAGAGAGAGAGAGAGAGAGAGAGAGAGAUCGACCAACGUUGUCCUCAAGGUGCAGUUGUUGUUCCGACGAUUGCUAGUUACCGGAGACCUACUGAGUGAUCAGCUAAGCACUUUAUCCACAAUAGAAACAAACAACAAACAAAACCCACACAGAAAACAGAGGUUUGAGCGAAAACACUGGUCUCCUGUCGCCAAGGAGACAUGAUGAGAAGUGGAGGCUGUUUGUAGACCAGACGACAUCUGUAAACUUUCUAUCCCAGCAGAUGCUGAAACUAAAACACCUGCUCUAAUCCCACAGGGGUGUGACGAUAACACGAUGACGAUGAUGAUGAUGCCAUGCGAGAUAAUAAUCUUGGUCUGAUUCUUCUGUUAUGAACUUGAGUGAAGACCCAAACGCGGUUUUAACAGAAAACAGAGUUCUUUAAUAAAAAUACAGGAAUGGCAUAAAUCCUCUUCCAACGUAGUCAAUGGAACAAAAGAACGUAGUAUAAUGCAGGAUGCACCUGCCAUGCAGACUCCGACAGGACAGGACAAGGUGGAAGCAAACGAGACGACAGCUUGCUUCUGGCAUCAAAAAACACAAACAAGAAUCAGACACUGAAAGUAGCAGGAACAGAGAAAGAAAUAGAGACCUAAUCAGAGGGGGAAGAGAGAACAGGUGGGGAAAGAGAGAAUGAGCUAGUUAGGGGAAAUGUAGAACAGCUGAGGGAUGAGAGACAGAGAAGGUAACCUAAAAAGACCAGCAGAGAGAGAGAAUGAAGAGAAAGGACAGGAACAGACAUAACAAGACAUGACAUAUAUAUAUAUAUAUAUAUUAAAAAAAAGCUCGAAAUUAGCAUGUUGAGACACUGUUUUAUAUUACUGGCAUGCGCGACACAUUACCUCAGGUAAUGUUGCAUUAUUUGUAUUAUUUAAAACAACAACAGCCUGUAUUAUAUUCUCCUACUGAAACCGGAUCCAAGACGGACCAAUUCUCUCUUUUUAUGGUUUGGUUUUCUCUCGUUUAGGUUUCACCAAAAGUGCACUGCUUAUUUAUUAUUAAUGUUAUUACUUAUUUAGGAGCAUUUAAGUGCUGAAUGUUAAAUAUUAAG